AUGAUAAGCAGCGAUGUUUGUUUGAUGUGGAAACGAGCCGCUUCGGUUUGGAUUCAUGUCCUGGGGAACCAAAAUACCUGGAAAUUAUGUAAUGGCCAUACGCGAUGUAGCAUUUCGGUAAACAACAGAGAACUUGGUGAUCCAUGCCCGGAUACAGAAAAAUAUCUGGAUGUGGAAUUCAAAUGCAGCGAAAAGCCUGAUACUGUAAAGACAACAACAAGUACAACAAUGGCAACAACAACUAAUGCAAUAGCAGCUACUAACCAGACGCUACUGAUAACUGAUUUAAUGAUACCAACGAUAGGAACCGAAUUGACGACGAUGAAAUUAUCAAGCAAUGAUGAUAAACCGUUGUUCUGUGGUAUGAUAACAGAACGUGACAUAGAUUGGCCGCAAACAGAAUUUGGCAUGAUAGCUCGUGUACCAUGUCCAAUUGGAUCAACGGGUUACGCGGAAUGGGUAUGUAGAUUGGAUGGAAAUUGGGAAUCAGAUGGACCGGAUUUAUCACGUUGUGUUAGCACAUGGAGUAAAGGAUUACUUAUGGAUGCAGAAGAAGCCGAUAAUCCGUUAGAUCGAUUGGAAUUUUUAAACGAAAUUCAACAACGAACACGACGUGAAUCAUUGAUUGGUGGUGAUCUAAUUGCUCUUUCACGUGCCAUAAAAUUAUUAAUUCCAAUUACAAUAGAUGACAAUGAUGCGGAUAAAUUUGUUGAAUUAGUUGUGGAAAGUGUUAAUAAUAUGGUAAAAGAAUCUCAAACAUUAGCAUGGAAGGAUUUGAAAGGUGUAAAACGACGUAUGAUAGCUGAUCAAUUGAUGGGUGCUGUAGAUCAAGUGUCGAUGACGAUCAGUGGAUUAAUCACUCCUGAUACACCUCGAAUUAUCAUGAAACCUAAUACUGAUGUUGAACUUGAAAUAUCAGCUGUUCGGAUACAUGAUUACGUUGCUUUUCCAAGUACCAGCUUGUAUCGGACAACCGACGAUACGGUUAAUAUUCCACAUGAGGCACUGACUUUGCGCAAUAAUGCUAUCGAUGAAGCCAAAAUUCUUUAUGUGGCAUAUUCAUCGAUUGGCAAACAUCUACAACCUGAACCACGCCAAGGUGCAGAUGGUAUCAUGAUACCGCGACAAAUUGCAUCAAAAAUAGUUUCAUUAUCAGUAAUAAAUAGAGACAGCAAAAUUGAAACCAUUGAUCAUCUUCGUAAACCAGUCAUUAUUACAUUUUCGAUGGAGGAUCGAGUAAAUCUUUCCACGCCACAAUGCGUUUGGUGGAAUCACACACGUUUACAAUGGUCAUCAUAUGGUUGUAUAGUUAGCUUACAUAAUACAACUCAUACCGUUUGUCAUUGCAACCAUUUGACAUAUUUUGCUGUUCUCAUGGAUGUUCAUUAUCAAAAGCUUACCAUUGGACAUAACAUAGCGCUAACAUUCAUAACUUAUGCUGGUUGUACAAUUUCAAUACUAUGCCUUUUGCUAUCUCUGUUUGCAUUUCAAUGUUUUGGUACCAGUGGUUGUGAUCGAAUUUUUAUUCAUAAAAAUCUCUGUUUCUCAUUGCUAAUAGCUGAAGCGGUCUUUCUUGGCGGUAUUUGGCAAACAAAGAAUUCACUUUGCUGCAGUAUCAUAGCUGGUAUAUUACAUUAUUUCUUCCUUGCUGCAUUUUCUUGGAUGUUAUUGGAAGGUUUCGAACUUUAUUAUAUGCUAAUUGAGGUAUUCCAAUCGAAAGAUUCCAAAAGAUCAUACAUACUAUUGUUUGGUUACGGAUUCCCGUUAUCAGUUGUUGCUGUAUCGAUGUGGUUUGAUCGGUUUAGUUAUGGUACCGAACGAUACUGUUGGCUACGAUCCGAUAAUUACUUUAUUUUGGCAUUCAUUGGACCGGUUGCUAUCAUUUUACUCUGUAAUACAGUCUUCCUCGUGAUGACACUGUUUAUCGUUUGCAGUCAUUCCAGUAUCGGUUAUACACCAUGUAAACAAGAUCGUGAUGCAUUGAAAAAUGUUCGAAAUUGGUUAAAAGGAUCAAUAGCACUAGUUACCAUAUUGGGUCUCACCUGGACUUUUGGCCUUUUGUGGAUCGAUGAGCAAUCAAUUAUUAUGGCAUAUGCAUUCACUGUUAUGAAUUCUCUUCAAGGAUUAUUCAUAUUUCUAUUUCAUGUUGCUUUCAAUGAUCGAUUACAUAAAGAUUACUGGAAAUGGAUGAAACAUAUAUCCUGGACAACGGAUUGCAUGCGUAAUGAUUCCAGUCAUACGACACGUACGAUGCCAUAUUUACCAACAAAUAACACAAGUAAAACCGGCCAAGCAGUCAGUUCGAGUUCAUCAACAGCUUCUGAAUUACUGGUAAGUGUAAAAUCGCGUAUUUAA